ACACAUGGCACUCAUAUACACAAAGCCUCAAGGCACCAAACACAACAUAACAAGUUAGUGAGGCAGUAGACAAAGCUUCACUGUACUGGCUUUACACUGAAGGCUCUGGGCUGUGCAACUGUAUGCGUUUAUUGGAAUGUGAUCUACUAUAUACUGUAAAAACGGCUGCACGGGGCACAUUAUACAAGCAAAAAGCAAAAAGCACAGAGGCUACAGCAGUAGGAAACUCAGUCACAAUGAAAGGCUGGAUUUUACUGCUAAUGUUGGCAAGGCUUGUUGAUUUUUCCAUGACACAAUCAACCAACUCUUUAACCUGGCUAAGUUAUCUGCGCAACCGAGCCUACAGUCACGGUUAUGGCCGCAGUCACUAUAACAACCAUGCCUCUCUAAGAGCAGAGGAUGAGCCUCCUGUGCUGGACUGUCCUUUGGAGUGCGACUGUCCUCCUUCCUACCCCACUGCGAUGUACUGCAACAACCGCAAGCUACAGCACGUGCCGUUUGUCCCAUCUCAUAUCAAGUAUGUAUACUUACAAAACAACCAGAUAACGGGCAUCACAAAUGGUGUCUUUGAUAAUGCUCCAAAUUUAGCUUGGAUCAGCCUCCACACAAAUAAACUGAGCUCCGACAAGAUUAGUGACAAAGUCUUCACCAAGCUACCAAACCUUGAGCGCCUCUUUUUACACAACAACAACCUGAGCCGGGUUCCACAGGGUUUACCACGUUCCCUACGAGAUCUACACUUGAAUCACAACAAUAUUUCCAAGGUCCCGGUUGAAUCUUUCCGUGGAAUGAGCAACCUGACAGCCCUGCAUCUCCAAGUGAACAGCAUUGAAGACCUCGGCAAUGCACUUGAGGGUCUGCUGUCCUUGACCCUGUUAGACUUAAGAGGGAACCGACUGAAGAAGAUUCCAGAAAGCCUGCCGCCAAAGCUGAGCCAACUCUACCUCGAGUACAAUCACAUAUCCAGCGUUCCUGCUGAUUUUCUGAGCCAGAGGCCUGAGCUGCGCUUCGUACGGCUGUCCCACAACCAGCUCACCAGUGGGGGAAUUCCAGCCAGCUCUUUCAAUGUCAGCACACUUGUGGAGCUCGAUUUGUCUUUCAACAAGUUGGAAAGGAUUCCCAUUAUCAGCACCAGUCUGGAGAAUCUGUAUCUCCAGGCCAACAAGAUCAAAGAAUUUUCAGUGAGCAGUUUCUGCAGAGUUGUGGAUACAAACAAUUACUCUAAUCUGCGUGUACUACGUCUGGAGGCCAAUGAAAUUAGAGCCCAAGACAUACCGACUGAAGCUGUGCUCUGUCUGCGCCUGGCAACUAACAUCGACCUGUAGGCAUGACAUCAACACAUCCAACAGUAACCUACUGUCAAGCUUGAGCAGAGAGAGACAGAGAGAGAGAGAGAACAUCUUGGAAAUAAGAGUUUAGUUAUCUUUUUGUAGUAAAAAGUGACCACAAAACCAGUCUUAAGUCGCUGGGGUAUAUUUUUAGCAAUAGCCAAUAAAACAAUGUAUGGGUCAAAAUUAUUGAUUUUUCUUUUAUGCCAAAAAUCG